UGUUCUAUAUACUAGUCAUAUGGGAUAAUCGAUUAUGAAAGGUUUUUUUUUAUUCUAAACUCAUGCCUAUUACUAUUACCCACUUAUAUUAUUUUCUUAAAAACAUUUAUGUAAAUACCAUAUUCAUUUAUGGUAUUUACAUAAAUGUAUGUACUACCAUGGAUAAUAUGUUUAACGCAAUAUGGGUUAUAACAAGAAAUGAUCGAAUGAUUCUGCAAUAUACUUCACCACGGCACUAUAUUUGACAUGAACAUGUUCUUUAAUGUUCACAUUUCAAUCUUCAUUCAGUUUUCUUUCAAGUGACUUUUCGACUAUUUCAAUUCAAUAAUUAACACUUUAUAGCAAUACUAUUCAUAGCAAUAUACGAUCAAUAUGUGGUUAAUUCUUUAGUGCAAAUUUUUAUAAACAGAAGAGAGGAGGUGAAUUUGAAUUUAAGUCAAAAUAAGGAAAUGAAAGAAAUAAUAUUUGGAAGUGCUUACAGGAAGAGCUUCAGUUUUAAAUCAUAGCAUAGAAUUUUGACAAUCGGUAUGAAAAUUAAAUUCAAAUAUCAUAAACUAUGAUCUUUACAACAAAUGCAGCUGGCAUCAUGAAUGAGGAUAAUGAUACAUUGGGUCCCACAGCCAAUAAUUUUUGCAGGGAUUACAUUCGCGGAUGUUGCACACGAGAAAACUGCAGAUACAUGCACGAGAUACCGCCAAAGCCUUUUUUAAAAGAACUCUUCCGUUUUUGCCAUGAUUUUCAAAAUAAAGGAUGUUACAGAAUGAACUGCAAAUUCAUACAUAGCACAGUGGAAGAUGAGGAGCAUUUCUAUACGUCGGGAGUAUUUCCGCGCGACCCGCGUACCAUACCCGUCUGUCAAGCGUACAUACACGGAUCUUGUGCAAACAAAGAAUGCAAGUAUGUACACCCUCCUGAAGUUGGCACUGAGGCAGUUUCAGUUCAUACUGUCCCACCUCCACAGUUCAAUCGCCCGCCGCCACCGAUUAGAGAUGAUGAUUCCCCCCCAGAGGCUAAAUUCAGAAGGUUUGCAUUUGAAGAAAAUGGAUUAGAAAAUCAAGUGUUAACCACAUCAAAUAUGUGCCUCAAUUGUGAGACACUGGAUCACAAAGUAAAAUUAUUACAUGAUAAUAUAAGUGUAUUGUUAAAGAAGGUAGCUGAUUUGACAGAGAAGAAUCUUCAGCUCACUUCCAUGAAUGAAUUUUUAUUGGAGCAAACUGCUUCAAUUAGGACUGAUCAGUCAUGUGUGAUUACAUCUAGACAUGGCACAUCAGCACCCGUCUCCUUGGCAACAGUGAGUGUUACUCCAGUUGUUAGUCUGGCAGGAGCAUUGCCUGCCUUGGUACCUGCUGCAGCUACAUCUAAUUUGGCCUUAGCCCCAGCUGCAUCACGGGCACAACUACUAACUCCUGCUCCGCAGAUACUCACUGUAAGCACUACACAGCAACUUGUAGGAAACUCUGGGGCACUCAUUGUUACUAGUGCUGGUGCUCAGCAGCUUAUGCAAGUCAGUGACUCUGGGACACUAAUGGGCGGUGGUCAGACAGUAGUGGCUGUGCCUGCACAGUUAACUUUGGCACCACCAGCUCAACAGUUAAUGGGUAACGCAUCUCAGACUGCAGUGCAACAGUUAGUUCAGCAGUCUGCCCUGCAGCCUCAACUUGCACCACAGCAUCAAGCAUCACAAUAUGCUACUCAGCAGUCUGUUCAACACUUGGCUGCAGCACAGCAGUCUGCACAACACCUGGCUCAACAGUCUGCGCAGCAUUUAGCUGCCCAACAAUCUGCUCAGCACUUAGCUGCACAACAGUCUGCUCAACAUUUGGCUGCUCAACAGUCAGCACAACAUUUGGCUGCACAGCAGAAUGCACAACAUUUAGCAGCUCAACAAAAUGCACAACAUUUGGCUGCUCAGCAGUCUGCUCAACAUUUAGCUGCAGCUGCACAACAAUCGGCGCAACAACUUGCUGCAGCAGCCCAGCAAUCUGCACAACAAAUUGUAGCGCAGCAGUCGGCACAACAAUUAGCUGCUCAACAAUCACAGCAACAGUUGGUGCCAUCAGCACCGCAGCUUAUGCAUCAAACUUCAACUCAACAAAUAACAAUCUCAAGCACUAGUCAACCAAUGGCUUUACCUAACUCACAGGCACAGCCUAUAACAUUCCCUAUUAUAUCCCAAAGCAUACUGCCACACUGAGAUAUACUUGGGUUUACUAUGUUUUAUGGAUUGUGAUUAUGAUGUAGAAUUAAGCAUUAUUAGAAUUCUAAGUUAUGUAUUAUGUUUGCUUGAUAUAAGCAAUAUCAAUUUACUCAUGUAGUAUUCUGGCAAAUUUUAAUGUUAUUUUAAAGAAUCUACAUUUUGUUGUUGCUAAUUUAGAAUCUCCUAUGUGUGGUAUCUGAAUAUUAAAGUACACAUAGGAGAUUGCAAUAACAAUCUACAGUGUUAUGUUAGUAUGAUUGAAGAAGUAAUGAUGUUUGAAACAGUAUUUUUAUGAUGUUUAAAUAGUUAUAAAAGGGCACUACAUUAUUAUGUAAAGUGACUUUGGACUUAUGGGGUAAAGUAACUGUCAUAGAUUUUGGUAUGAGACAUAGCUGUCAUGCAGCAUAGUUAUUUUUUAAAUGCUGAUAUUACAAUGCAUUGUUUAUAACUUCAUUUUUCAUUUUGCAUAGGAUAAUCAAAUACAAAUUCAUUAAACAUAUUUCUAGAUCAGAUUAAAUUAAUUCAUUAUUACUUUGAAUUUGUAUUGAUUUAAACAUAAAUAUUAUUAAACAUUCCUGUUUGCAAAUGAAAUUUACAAUAUACUUUUGUAAUUUGUAGUAUGGAUAAACAUACUGGAACUUGUAUUCGAGAAGUAAAUGAGUUAACUUGAUGGAAGUGAAAACUAUACUUUUUUUUUUUUGAAAUUUUGUAUUUGUAAAACAUAAGAGAUAUUUUAAGUUUAGAUUGGGACAAAAUAUACUUAUUUCACCCAAACAGACUGAAAUAUCUGCAUAAAAAUCUAUCAUUUAUGUAGUAGACAUAAUGGUUGUGUAUGUAUACAAUUUCUUUCAUACAUUAUCAAUAUAUUGUCAUGAUACAAUAUCAAAUAACUUGUGGUGUUAUGCUUAAAAAAAUAAUUAACUCCUAUUUAAUAUGCGUAUACAUGUGAUUUUUUUGUUGUAUAUUCAUUCUGCAUGUGUCAUCAUUAAACAUUUUCAGUGAUCUUUGAUAUGCUGUAAAACUAAUUAGGUAAAUUAUUUUUACUAUUAAAAGGACUGUUCCACAAA